GAAGAUGUGAGUAUAAUGAAGGACAUAGGAUUUGAUGCAUACAGAUUCUCCAUCUCAUGGUCCAGGGUUCUACCUGGUGGAAACUUGAGGGGAGGGGUAAACAGAGAAGGCAUCACAUAUUACAACAAUCUUAUCAAUGAAAUCCUAACAAAUGGUUUGCAGCCCUUUGUAACUCUAUUUCAUUGGGAUCUCCCUCAAGCCCUUGAAGAUGAAUAUGGUGGUUUUCUGAGCCAAAGUAUUGUGAAGGACUUUGCAGACUAUGCUGAGCUGUGCUACAGAGAAUUUGGUGAUAGAGUUAAGCACUGGAUUACUUUAAAUGAGCCACUCACCUUCACUACUCAGGGUUAUGCAAAUGGAUUAUUUGCACCAGGAAGAUGCUCCAAGUGGUUGCCUUUGAACUGCAGUGCAGGGGAUUCAAGUACUGAGCCCUACAUGGUCACUCACCACCAGAUUCUUGCUCAUGCAGCUGCUGUCAAAGUCUAUAGGAACAAGUACCAGAAUUAUCAAAAGGCACAAAUUGGGAUAACAUUGAACUCUCCAUGGGUAGUGCCACUUUCCCAGUCAAAGGCAGAUAUAGAAGCAGCAUCUAGGGCCCUUGCUUUCCUAUAUGACUGGUUUAUGGAGCCACUGAAUUCUGGAUCAUACCCUGCUGAAAUGGUUGAUAAUGCUGGUGGAAGAUUGCCAAAGUUUUCAAGGGAGCAGUCCUUGAUGGUUAAAGGAUCUUUUGAUUUCAUAGGACUUAACUAUUACACCGCAAAUUAUGCAUCCAAUGUCCCUUGUACAAGUGAAAACCAAACUAUUUUUUCAGAUGCUUGUGCUAUUCUCACAACAACGAGAGAUGGAGUUCAGAUUGGUCCAAAGGCUGCCUCAGACUGGUUAUACAUCUACCCUAGAGGAAUUCAAGAUCUUUUACUCUACACGAAGGAAAAGUUUAACAAUCCAGUCAUUUACAUAACAGAAAAUGGGGUUGAUGAACUUAAUGACAGUACAAAAUCACUUGAGGACAACAUGAGAAUAGACUAUAUCAGUAACCAUCUUUCCUAUGUUCUUAGUGCCAUACAGAAUGGUGUCAAUGUCAAAGGCUACUUUGCAUGGUCAUUGUUGGACAACUUUGAAUGGACAGAUGGGUAUACUGUUCGAUUUGGAAUUGUUUAUGUUGAUUAUGAGAAUGGAUUGAGAAGAUAUCCUAAGAAAUCAGCUGAGUGGUUCAAAAAGUUUCUCCAGAUUUGA